UUUUCUCCUGCAGAUUCGCUAAAGAAAAAAUCUCUCCCGCACACACCACCAGUCGCUCGGCGGCGCACCCACCCACUGCAUGUCCACACCAGAUCCACUCACUCGGCUGCGCGCUAUUCCAGGCCGCCGCCGGCAGCCAACUGAGCUCCUCCUCGGCUGCGCGCUAUUCCAGGCCGCCGCCGGAAGCCGGUACGUCGACAAUGGAGACCGCCAAAUGGCGGCGUCUACGACCAGAUCGCCGGUAAAACCCGCAGCGCCGCCGGCCAGCGAGGCCGGGCGCCAAGAUGGAGGCUAUGGAGGGCGGACCCCGGCCCUUCUGUGGCGCUCGUUGGACUAGUACGGUUGGCGGCGGCAAGCGGUGGCGGGGGGAGCAAGGUGCGGCCGCCUGGUUGCCUCCUGCCGUAUCAGCAGAGGAGAAGCAUCUGGGAGAAAUUGCGGCGUCGGCUCUGGUGGAAGGCAGGUACGGCAAGCACCUGGCGUCGCUUCAAGAGUGGAUGAAAAAAGGUGUUCCCCCAUGUGCGUGCACUCCAGCUGCUGGCCGUCGACGAGGAUCAUCACCCACCGAAGACGCUUGUCAACCACGCGUCUGUCUCCCAAGAAUGCCGGGCAAGGCAACGAGGACCGCUUCACGCUGCUCAACGCGGACGCGUCGUCCGGGACGCAGUUUCCUUUCUUUCAUCAGUCCGUCCGCCUCGUAGUCGUAGGAACCUGUUUCGAUAGGUCGAUCACGUAUAUAUAAACACACCGAGCGAGACCCCGUAUAUGGUGUGACCAAAAAAGAUCGGCGGCGGCGAGUUAGAUAGACUAGGAUAGGAGAAGAGGCGGCGACGGCGAGAGGGAGAUCGAUCGAGGCGGUGAUGGAGUACGGAUCACCCAACGGCACGGCGGUGGAGAAGUUCAACGACUCGCCGGCGCCAGCAGUGGCAAGAAGACACGAGACACCCAGCAGCGCCCUAAGCGAUUUCUUACCCAUCAAGGCAGAGUUGCAGAGGCAGACGAGCUUCCUCAUCGACAGGGAAUACAACGAUGUCGUGAUUCGGGUUUUCGUUGAGCUUGUAUACCCGGGAGGCCAAAGUAUGGAUAUGGACCGUGAGAUCAAGAGGCGUGCACAUGAUAUCUUUAGCCGCUUUUCUGGUCCCGUCCCGUUGGGGUUCAAGGAGAAGCUACAUGAGACGGUUGAUGAUGGGGCAGUUGGUGAUUUCGAGCGCGCCAUGUCCGUGUUCGCCCGGCAGAUAUGCGUGCCUCUAGGAAAACUUGCAACUCUGCUCUCCAAUGAAGAAAGAGAAGGGCAACACAAACAAAUCCGGCAAUUGUCUUUGAUUUCAGAAAUCAUCCAUGGUUUAAGGGCCACGCUGUCGCUGGGGAUGCCACACAAUGAUGGGUUUUUGAAGCCCGGAUCACCGUACAUCGACUCGGUGUUUCCGAGAGUGGUACUACGGUGGGGCUGCAGAAGCGCCCUCAUCGUGUACUCACGCAUCAAGAAGGAGCUGCAGAGGCAGGUGGGCGAGCUCAUUGACACGGAAGACAACGGUGUUGAGCUCCGGUUGUUCAAUCAUUACGGUGUAUGCUCAGGAGCAAGUAUGGAGGAUGCAAUCAGGACAAGUGCAACUAAAAUCUUCAAGAGAUAUUUUGGCCGCAUCCCGCAGUGGUACAAGAAGAUGGAGGCUGAGAGGAGUGAUGAGACGAAGGCCGAGACGGAUGACGAGACAGAUGAUGAGAUAGAAGGUUUCAACCUCAACGUGUCCUUGUAUUGCGACGACAUAUGCAGGCAGGUAGAAGAACUCCUAGGUCUGGUCUCACUUGACAAAACUCCACAAAUUGAGCAAUUGCUUCGGGUUGCAUAUGAGAUCAAGGAUUUCAAGCGCAAUCUGGCAAAAGUGGGUUGGAUGCUAGUGGAGGAGGGGGAGGAGGAGAUUGUGGCACAAGGGAUGGAAAUCAAGGGAGAAGUGGUGGUCAGUGGAACAAUUGUCACAAUGACAAAGGCGAGUAGCUUGGAGGAGAAACAUGAGGAGGAGAUGAUCUUGGUGAAGAAACAUGAGGAGGAGGAGGAGAAUGGAGAGGAGUCGGAGAGGGCAGGGGAGGAGUAGCAGUGGCGGUGACAGAGGAGAAGGAGCAGCCAUAGAUGUUCGGCAGGGUGGGAGUCAAGGGAGACAAAAUCUCCACUAGUUAUGGUUGUAGCAAACAAACUCCUUCUGUUUUGUUAAACCGUACAAUAAUCUCUCAUUUUGGUGUUUGCCUAGUCAGUUGAACAAUGGUCUGUUGUCGAGUUCUUUGUAAAUUUAUUGUUGCAUAACUAAGCAGUUCAAUGAACUCUGAAUAUGGCUGACUCUAUCUUGUAGGCUUUGCUAGAUCAUAGACAGUUCAUUUUUGCAGACUUUAUCGUUUUGUGUACACGCCACUCAAUGGUUCAAUGAGAAACUUAAGCCCUUUAGUGCGCCAUGAAUGUAGAUUUUGCAACUUAUAAUUUCUCUAUUUAAGUAAGUUUUAAAAUGCAGGUCGUCUCUGUGUUUUCCAUACCUAGCACUUUUUCUUGUCUUAAAAUAAUAGAUUCAAAAAUCACCAGAGCUGAAUUGGGAUCAGCAAUAUUGCUUUGCAACUCUGGUGUCUCUAAGAUACUAGUUGUGUACUAAUUCAAUCUAGUGUUUUUGCUUUUCUUAAAGAAAUAGAUUCAAAAUUUACCAGAGCUGAAUUUGGAUCAGUGGUAUUGCUUCGCACCUCUGGUGUCCCUCAGAUACUAAUUGUGAACUCUUUGGAUCUGGUGUUUUCGUUUGUCUUAAAGAAAUAGCUUCAAAAUUCACCAGAGCUGAAUUGUGAUAAGCAAUAUUGCUUUACAACUCUGGUGUGUCUCAAGCACUAAUUGUUACCUAAUCUUAGGCACUAAUUGUUAACUAAUUACAUAUGGUUUUUCUCCUGUUAAUUUCUAUGUGAAUUUUCUUUGCAUUAUGUUUCAUGUUCCGGUGAUCAUUAAUUUUUCAUAUUCCCUUUGCUUCUCUUGUUCUCACUGUAGUGUCUUUGCUUACUGUAGAUUGUAUGUGCCUGAAUAGUGCCUCCCUUCUGAACUAUUUCAUGGUAGCUUCUCAGUUCUUUUUAGUACAACAACGGGCACAUUGUUGCUAUAGUGUCUUUCUUUUAAAUAUGGUUCACUGAAUCUUGUAUGUACCAGUAUUCAAUGGUUUGAUGAAAGGUUUAGGCCAGAGGACAGCCCUAUUUUACUGCACCAUUCAUGAUAAACCAAGUAUUUUUUGCUGUCUAGAAAUUGAUUCUUCUGUUGAUCGGUCUUUCUUAUAUUUUGUGAUGUGCUGGUUAUCCUGAAUAAAUGCUUUUUUUUCGGGUAAUCCUGAAUAAAUGCGAGUGUGCUGAUAUAUUUAAUUUUCCA